UCUAUCACCCGCGCCGUGCCGCAUUGACUCGCUGUAUUCUCCCCUCUGAUCACUGUACGAAGGGCAUGUUAAUGUUCGCCGCUCUCCAGCUGCCGCGCGAUCGUACCCGACGCCUACCUUCACCUGCUGGACCCACAGAGACUGGUACUACCGGUUGAACGGCGCACACCCAGGCAACCACACGCCGCUUUCGCGCAACACAUCCCAUCCUUUUGGCACCGAUCCAGAUUCUGCGCCUGCAGAGCGGUGCGAUCGACUGCUAGUUCGACGCGACGACAACUCUGCUACCCUCCUGUGGCGGGAGAGCAUCACGUCUUGGCAAUAUCAAAUGCGCUGCGCCGGUGACACCCUCGAGCUCCGCGACCGCACCGGGGAAUGGUGCUCUCACUUGACGCCUGACAGGUUUCUCUCACCCCUGUUCCCGUAGAUUCUAUCUGUAUAUAACUACCAUGGACCCCGCCGCGCUACUCGACCCAAAAGGCGCGCGUCGACGAGGUGAAGCGCUCCAACUACAAAACAACCUCCCGUCGCCACAUGCACAUGCACCUCAAUUCGACCCGCGUGCUCUACUCAAUCCGAAGUCAUUCUCGAAACGUCCCGCUGCGGAGGAAGAAGUCGAGCGCGGGCGGGAGGACCCCACGAUAGCCGGCCAAGUUUCACUCGUUGAGCGACUGCACAACGUGCACGAGCGCACCGCUUCGCCGUCCAAGAGAGUCAAGACCGACGAGGAGCAGAAAAAGAAGCCUCACUCAAAUCUCGGACCCGGAGGCGCCCUAGAUCUCCAGGCGAACAGCGUCCAGCCAAAUCCAACUGCGGGGCCUGCAAUCGAUCUGACCAUGAGCGAUGAGGAGGAGGGCGACAUCCAAGUCGUCAAGGACAACUCUAUGCAAGUCAUCUGCAUUGGCCGUCUCAAGCACGUGUACGUCCAGUCGCAUACGGUGCCUUUCCCGGACCCGAAGAAAUAUCAAGGCAAUCAUGGCCAACAGGGUCGGAUCAAGGUCUCGUUUCGACGAGGUGGUGGCCAGCGCAACACGAUGAACAUCAUGGUCGUAGACCCCACCGGCAAGGAGUUCGGACGGGUCGACAUGAAGACGGCGCAAGCUCUCGCACCUCUCAUGGAUGCAGCCCAGCUCAGCGGCCUACUGUGGAUGGCGUGGACGGAACCUCGUCGGAAACUGCCGAAUGAAGGACCUCCGGGUUCUAUGCUCUCGACUCUUAUCGCUCUUACCUUUCAACUCUAUUGCCCCCGCAAGGUUGCUCACGAUAUUGGACGGUUCCUCAAAGCGAAGGGAGUCUUGCUUACUGACCCGAUCUUCGAGCUUCAACGAUACGAUUACUUCAAUCCACAGACCCACGCCUCAUUCAACAUUCAAGAAGUGGCCCACCCCACAUUCGAGCAGCCAGCCGCGCGGCAUGCGGCCGGUGCUGGCAGCUAUGUCCUCCGGAGUGUCGAUGAGAUUCGCAGCGAUGUGCAGAACAUGUUCGCCACGCUUAUCAGCAGUGAAAAGAUGGGCGUCAGAGAGCCGUCGACUAUUAUCCGUACGCCUCUGUAUCCACAUCAGAAGCAGGCGUUGUACUUUCUCUGGGACAAAGAGCAGGACUGGAGUGGCGAGGAGGCCGACAACCGGACGGACUCGCUCUGGCAGCCGAAGCUUCGUGAUAAUGGCCGGAAAUACUACGUCCAUGUGAUUACCGGGGAGGAAGCGGCCAACAAACCAGCCAGCUGCCGCGGCGGCAUAUUGGCCGACGAAAUGGGCCUCGGCAAGACCCUCAGUAUCCUCUCGCUCGUUGCCGACCCUGAAUCCGUCGCGGCUAGCAACGCGUUUGCUCAGAGGGCUCCACCAAUCAAGAGCGCCGCGUCGAUGAUUCAACAAGUUAUCAAUAGUCGAGCCACUCUUCUAGUGUGCCCUCUCAGUACUAUGUACAAUUGGAAGGAGCAACUCGAGAGGCACUUUCCUCCUGGUCGCGGGCUCAAGUGGACCAACUACCACGGAAAAGACCGCUCUAAGUUCACGCCGAAAAUCCUCGCUGAUUACGACCUCGUUAUUACGACUUACAACAUGAUUCAGGCUGAUUACAACGAUCGGGGCGCAUCCCUGCCAUAUAUCCACUGGUUUAGGAUCGUGCUCGACGAGGCACACGCUAUCCGGAAUACGUCUACGAAGCAAUCUGUGGCUGCAUGUACGUUGGCAGCUCAGCGUCGUUGGGCAGUAACCGGUACACCGGUUCAGAAUCGGCUUGAGGACCUCGGUGCUCUAUUCCGCUUUCUACACCUGCACCCCUUCGAUACUGGUCCUGGAUUCACCCAACAUAUACUGGCGCCCUUCAAGAACGCCGACGAAGAAGUCGUACCCAAGCUUCAACUCCUAGUCAGUUCAGUAACGCUGCGACGGCUGAAGGAACGUGUGUUGGAGAUCGAGCUACCAGCACGCCGUGAUCUAGUCGUGCGGUUAAAGUUCUCCAAGGACGAGCAGAAGCUCCACGAUUGGUUCGAACAGGAUUCGGCCCGGAAGGUCAACGCGGUGACCUCUGGGGAGAAGCUUGGUGGCCAUUCGUACGCCCGAAUCUUGACCGCUAUCAUGAAUCUUCGUCUCAUCUGCGCUCAUGGACGCGAUCUUUUGAGCGACGAGGCGCUCAAGUUGACGGAUGGCAUGACCUACGAUAACCCCAUGGAGAUCGAGGACGACGACCAGGACGCGCCGGUACUCACACGCAUGCAAGCCUACGACAUGCUUGAGCUUCUAGACCAGACAGAUACCGACCACUGCGGCUACCCCAACUGCCAGAACACUCUUCUCGGAGCGAGCGACGACUUUGACGACUCUGACGACGAGGCCGAGAGCAAGCCUAAAAAGGAUGUCAUUGGCCACAUGACUCCUUGCUAUCACGUUGCCUGCGCCAAGCAUACCUCCACCCUCCGGGACGAUUUUAACAAGAACACAAUGCCGGAUGGCUUUUCACUCUGUCCGUUCUGUGAGAGCCGCAUUCGACCCGUGUCUUUCGAGUUGAAGCAUAGUGACUGGAGGGCCUAUUUGGAGGAGCGUGAGCGUAUCAGGAAGGACCCCAAGCUAGCCAAGAAGAUCGGUGCUUAUGCAGGCCCGCACACGAAGACCAAGGCUCUACUCGAGGACCUGAAGGAGCAUAGGGAGUGGAGCUUCGCUCACCCGACUGAACCGCCUAUCAAAAGUGUCAUCUUCUCCACAUGGACCACCCACCUUGAUCUCAUCGAAAUCGCUCUCAACAAUGACAGCCAUACGUACGUACGCCUCGACGGCCGCAUGCCCCGCGAAGCUCGCAAUAGGUCUCUAGAGUCAUUCGACAAAGACGACUCAGUGCACAUUAUCCUCGUUUCGAUCGGUGCUGGCGGUCUCGGUCUCAAUCUCACGAAGGCGAGCAAGGCCUACGUCAUGGAGCCGCAGUUCAAUCCUGCUGCUGAGGCACAGGCGGUCGAUCGCGUACACCGUCUCGGUCAGACACGCGAGGUCACGAUCAAGCGUUUCAUCAUGGAGAACAGCUUCGAAGAGAAGAUGUUGGAGCUUCAGCGCAAGAAGAAGGCGCUCGCUGACCUUACUAUGGCCCGGGAGCGGACUACCAAAGAAAAGAUGGCCAAGCAACGUCUAGAGGACCUUAGGUCUCUUUUCCGCUGAGGAUUCGCGGGUUCAGUGGCGUUUACGGGUGAUGCUACUGGGGAGUUUCUUGAAUUCAGCAGCGGACGGACAAAAACGCGAUGGCAGAUGCGUGCACGAUUUUCGGCUAUCGUUUAGGAGGCCCUCUUAUCUUUGCUGGCCGCGUAUUGAGUUUCGAUGAGGCGUACGGUACGGGAGUUGACUGCACAUAUUCCCCUAGAGGACUUUAGGAUUCGGUUCGUGCGCUCGACACAGGAAUGCUUGAUCUGCCCCUUCGCAAGGAAAUUUUUCCUGCAUAGUCAUAGCAUAGCUUCACGAUAGACGUGUCUACAAAAAUUCCUCUCUUCAUGC